AUUUAAAAUGUCUGGCGGAGGUUAUCCUCUUGUGUGCUAAACAGAAUCUUGCACUUCGUGGGCACGAUGAAUCGGAGGAGUCAUCGAAUCCAGGCAAUUUUUUGGCUGUAUUUGAGCUUCUUGCAAGGCAUGAUCACGAAUUGUUCAAACGAAUUGAAACGCUCCCCGGUAACGUAAGUUAUAAGUCUCCAGAGAUUCAAAACGCUUUGAUCCAGUUGAUGGCUGAUAUGGUACGAGAGAAAAUAUGCAGUGAAGUACAAAGGAGUGGCUAUUUUUGUCUUAUUUGCGACGAAAGUAAAGAUGUAGCAAAGAAUGAACAGCUUGCAGUUGUUCUGCGCUAUGUUCUAGACGGGACUGUUCAUGAGCGGUUUAUAUCUUUCACACCUCUUGGCAACCUUGCAGCAGACGGGAUAGCAGAGGAGAUCUGUCAAGUGUUGACAAGGAACAAACUUACCUUGCAGAACUGCAUUGCUCAAACCUACGAUGGUGCUAGUGUCAUGAGCGGAAAGCACACCGGCGUUCAGAAGAGAAUCAGAGACAUUGCUCCGAAAGCCGUCUACACGCAUUGCUACGCACAUAGGCUGAACCUUGUUGUCGUUGAUUCUGUAAAGUCCGUCUCCUCGGCGAGUGUGUUCUUUGACGUCCUUCAGAGGCUGUACGUCUUUGUUUCAUCUUCUGCUGUUCACCCAAUUUUCUUAGAAGCUCAAAAACGUCACUAUCCGCAACGUUGUGAGAGCGUCACGCUGAAGAGACUUUCAGACACACGAUGGACCUGUCGAAUAGACUCUAUACGAGCAAUGCUUAAAUCCUUUACAGCAGUAGUCGAUGCCUUAUCCUCUUUGACAAAUGCUAGCAACAGCGAAAGAGCCAUUUUAGCUGCAGGUCUAUUGUCACGAGUGAAAUCGUUAGAGUUUACCUCAAACUUGGUUAUUUUCGAAAAGCUGCUGACUAUUACAAAAAAUCUGUCCGAUCAGUUGCAAGCUGAAGAUUUAGAUCUGUCUGGAGCCGUUGAUUUGUUAGAGACUGUGAUAGAGCAAUUGGUGGAGACCAGGGAAUCCGGGUGGGACGAUACAUGGCAGCAAAUUCUUCACUUGGCACAAACCUGCAGCGUUAAUAUGGAUGUUUCUGAUGGAUCACGCAGUCGUGGUGAUCCUGGACUUGUUACCGGUCGUCGCACUCGGAAACAAAAGGAAAUUACUGAUUGCGUUUUAACAGAGACUACUGGGCAGCGAUUAACUGAUUAUUUCACCAACGAUCAAGAUCCCCUGGAUGACGUGGCAAGAACGAAAAUUCAUUUACGACGAAAGCUUUUCUUACCGGUGAUAGACCAAAUGCUGCAGGAACUGGAAUCAAGAUUCAGCAACGAUGGACGAUCCCUUAUGAAGUCAAUUCAGGCUUGUAGUCCACAGUCCCGAAACUUCCUUCAAGCAGACGCCAUUAAUGCCUUAGUGGUACAUUACGACAUAAACCGUGAGGAAAUUGGUUAUGAAACUCAUCAGGCAAGAAAAUUUCUUAAUGCAUCUAUGUGUGAAAUGAAGUCUAUCGCCGACGUCAUUAGAGUUCUUACGCCGGUCAAAGCAGCUUUUCCGCAUCUUAUAUCUGCCUUGCAGAUAGCGUUGACUGUUGGGGUGACAUCUGCCUCAUGUGAGAGAACUUUCUCUAGUUUGAAGAGGCUGAAGACUUACACGAGACAAUCGAUGCUGCAAAGCCGAAUGAACAGUCUAGCGAUUUUGACCAUAGAGAAAGAUGUAGUUGAAACGUUAGAUUUAGAGAGGGUAGUUACGAAAUUUGCAAGUUUAGAAUUUGGAAGAUGCCGAAGAUUAAGUCUAGUUAGCAAAAGCACAAAAUUUUAGUGCUCUAUAGAACAGCUUGUAUUCUAACUGAGCUAAUUAUGAGUACAUGAUUAGGUUUUGUUCGA